AUGGACAGGCAGGAAGUGCGUUUUCUUGUACUCUUGGACUUAAGCUCAGCGUUCGAUACAAUUGAUCAUAAAACUAUCAUUGACGUAUUGGAGUAUCAAUUUGGAGUGACUGAUAGGGCUCUUGAAUGGAUAAAAUCAUAUCUAUUGAACAGGAAACAGAGAGUUGAUCUGGAUAACAAUUUUUCUCAAGACUGCGAUGUUAAGUACGGAGUGCCUCAAGGGGGUAUGUAUUUAUGUAUCCCAACUAUAUGACAUUAUUGACAGGCACUUACCCUCUUCUCAUGGAUAUGCUGAUGACACGCAACUUUAUGUAUCCUUUCACCCAGAUUGUGAAGAUAAUUCAGAAAGUACCCUAGCCAUACUGGAAGAUUGUAUUUCUGAUGUUCGUACUUGGCUGUUGUCUCAUAAAUUAAUGUUCAAAGAUUCGAAAACGGAAUUUCUUGUAAUUGGUACACCACAACAACUUUUGAAAAUAAACAUUGAAUCUGUUAAC